GCGGCUGAUAAGAAACAGAGCGCUGUUGAAACUCAUUUGCGUUUCCCCUUUUUUGUUUGCUGCGAUUUGUCUUGUCCCUCACACCCUCAUCAUCAACUGGUACACGACCGCAUUUUCUGCCAUUUCAUUUUUCUCCAGUAUUUGUAAAAAGAAUGACCAUUGAGAGAGCUACUCGUCAAAAUGUUCGAAGAGGACGACCACCAGGUACACGAAGAGCAGUUGUUUUUGAUGACACACCACAACCGUCAGAAUGGAGGAAUAUUUGGGUGGCAAUAUGUGGAUUCUAUAUCCUAUUUGCAGAAACAGGUGUUAGGCAGGUUAUGAACGGAUUUGUCGAGCCUGUCAUAAAAACGUAUAAUUGUACAAAAGACCAAGCCGAUACUGCGGUUUUAGUUGUUCCCAUGGCUUCCAGUCUUAUAUUGGGACCAUUCUGCUCAAUAUUUUAUCAACGAUCAGGAGCUAGAAUCAGUAUUAUUGCUGGCUCUUUUUUGACUGGUGGCAGUUUCGUCGUUGGUCCAUUUUGUAAAAACAUUUAUCUUUUAAUGCUUGCAACAUUUGGAAUGGGAAUUGGGUGUGGGUUGAUGAGAAAUUCGAUUAUUUCCAUUCAAUGUGAAUAUUUCAAAAAAAAGCGAAACACUGUUAUGGCUGCCAUCUCAAUCGGUCCAGGACUGGGAAUAUUCAUUCUUCCUAGAACAUUGAAGUUUAUAAUGGUUAAGUAUAACAGCUGGGGUCCAGCCUGGUGGUUUUUAUCCCUUUUCUACAUUGUAUCUGCAAUUAUGGGUCUCUUUAUCACCAAGCCGCCAUCAGAACAAACAAGCACUUUUUCAUUUGGAUCUGCUUUUAAAGUAUGCAAGAAAUUAGAGUUCGACUUGCACUUAAUUGCAUGCUUCUUCGCAUCAUCAGUGAUGUUCAUUUACAUUGCCAACAUUUUGAUAUUGAUGGAGUCAGAAAAUAUAGAAGAUAAGGAAAUUCUCUAUGGAUAUCAGGGAUUGACCAGUAUAGCUGGAAAGUUUGUUCUAACAUUUGUAAUGAGCUUGAAUAAAGUACACAAUGGAAUAAUUAUGAUUUUGAGUUACGUGAUAGCUCAGUUAUCACUUUCUGCUGCAGCUUUCUGCUACAAAUUCUGGCAAUUUAGACUUCAAAAUGCUUUUGCUGGCAUUGGAAUUGGACUCUACCAAGCUUGUUUAGCACCGUUUUUGGUGGCUCUCGUUGGACCUUCUCAACUUGCAUAUGCACUUGGCUUUACCAAUUUGAUCAACGGAGUAUCUAUUAUUUCCGGCGUGUGGAUUUCAGGAUUUGCAAGCAAAGGAACAACUGGUGACCACGCAAGAAGUGCAUUUUUCGUUUCUAUUUGGCUUGGGCUUGCAGCGAUAGUCAUGUCAAUUGCCACGUCAUCUGUUCUUAUGGCUAGGGAAAAACACAAGAGAAAGCCAUCGAUGAAACAAAUGAAGCAUUCAUCAGAGUUAAAUGCCCUAACCAACAUCACUUCUGUGGAAAAUUCAUAAAUUAAAACGUCACAAGCAACCGUAUCGUAUCAAGUCACUCUUAUCAAUCGAUGAUGUGAGAAAAUGCGUUCAAAGUUGAAAAGUCAACGCUAAAAUAGUUGUUAGAGAAGAAAAUGACUAUUUGUGUUUCGGUAUUGGUUUUUGUCUCUUCGACUCUAUUACUAUGGUUCUUUUCUUAUUGACGCAAUAUUCUCUUUCGUCUAUUUCCUGAUAAUGUUGAAAUUAUAAGCAUUUAUUGUAUUGUACAAAGUUGUAAAACAAACCUGUGAUAUGUGCUGGGGAAAAAGGAAUUAUAGGUCCCGGAAGUGUCAAGAAGCAUGAGUUAAAUACUUGCAGAAGUCACAAAAACAAAAUAUAGUCGUCAUGUGUUUUGUUAUCAACAAUGAGUUAAUAAGACAAAGACAAUGAUGACAAUGUCCACUCAAACUACACAUCUCGUUACCUUUCUUGAGCACUUGUCUCUUUUCUCCCGCACAAUUAUCGAUGUUUUGUCUUAUUGAUUCAUAUAUUUGUCUGGUAUCGCUGGUACUAGUAGCAAACCAAUUGAUAAGUCAUAAUCAUGCCUGUCCCUUUUUAUUCUUUAUUUUUCUGUCUUUUUUAGAUUGAAUUGAAUUUUUUUUUCUUAUAACGAUAGAAGUGUCUUUCUUUUUACCAGUUUUUACGCAUUUAUUAUUAAUUUUGUGUUUUUUGAUCUCAAGUGGUAUGCAGCCAGAAUAAAAUUAUUGAUCCA